AUUCUCAUUCAUUCCACUUAUUGUUUUUAUACAUUCCAUUUGUAACCAUUUCCUAUGGCAAGCUCACAACCUCCCCGCCCUCGCUUUUGGUUUGCUCCUCUAGCAGCUCGAUCUGCUCCACAACCCGACCCGGCACCACCCGUUCCCGACCCGACUCCCGCCCCACCUAGAACACCUUUUAUUCGACCCAUGUUUUCUUUGGCCACUCCAACUUCCCCACCACCGGCUACUCAAGAUACUACUCAGCGUCAACCGUCGCCAAAACUACCACCACCUCAAACAACUCCUAUCGUCGUAAACACCACUCCUACUGCACCUACACCGGCACCGACAGCGGCACCGGCACCUGCACCGACACCGACAGCGACACCGGCACCGACACCGACACCGACACAAGCACUGACACCAAUUCCAACUCCAAAUCCAAUUCAAACAACCACCGCUCCAAUUCCAACUCCAACUCCAACUCCGGCUCCGGCUCCGGCUCCAACUCCGGCUCCGGCUCCACCAACAACAACACCAAUGGCACCUAGAACGCCUUUUCUCCGUCCUUUGUUUGCUCAAGCGCCGGUUCCCAUUCCGACGCCUCAAACAACUCAACCUACUCCACCACCACCUUCUAAGGAAAUAACUCCACCACGUGUGCAAGUACCAUUUCAAACUAUUCCUAUUCCAACACCCGCAACCGCACCAAUUCAACCGACGACUAGUACUCCCCAAGCUCCGGCUCCAAAUCCAACCCCUAGAACGCCUUUCCUUCGAUCCAUGUUCACUCAACCACCACCUCAGCCAACUCCGAUUCCAAAUUCUCAAGAACUUCAACCAUCACUACCUCAAGUUAUUCCCGUCGUAACUGCUCCAACACCUCGUCCAACACCCCCAACCAUAGCUCCCCUCAUCCCACCACCAAUUCAGCCUACAAUUGUGCGCAGCGCCACAUCGCCACCGGCCACAACUCAACCCACAGCUUCACCUGUCCGUAUCUUCAGAGCCCCCGCGCCACCACCACCAAAACCAACCUCUCCUCCGCCAGCUCCAAAACCGGUCCUGUCUCCUCCUCAACGCAUCAUCCCAAAGGAUCUUGAACCCAUUAAACCCACUCUUACCAAGACAAUAUCGCCUGUCCCAACAAUUGUAACGAGAAACACUUCUUCUCCACCUCCCCCACUAACCCUUCCUCCGCCAGCUCAAUACAAACCGACAAUUCAAUCGUUUCAAGACCGAAACUUGGAGUUUCCACCCGAAGCAGAGCAGAAGAACAUCAAUGUCAAAGAAAUAAACGAGCACACAAAACUCUCACCGCCGUCAAAGCAUUCCAUUCCUAAAGCCAUAUUCAAGAAUGGAAAACCAACCGAAAAGGGUUAUAACUAUCAGAAGAAGACAUCAUCAGAAUCCGAGCAAGGACAGGGGAUGAGGAUAAUCACAAUUGCAGGGGAAAACAGGGGAGCCGUGAUGGAACUGGGCAGCCUGUUUCGAAAGUCUGAAACAACUUCUUCAAUAAACGGAGAAGGAAAAACAAAGGCGACAAACUCCCCAAUGAGGUCAUUUACAAACAGCAAUGUUCAGGGAGUGAACAACUCGAUCAUGUAUAACAGUUCUUGCACUCAUCAUGAUCCUGGCGUUCAUCUUUCUCUGUUUCGGAAACCUGCUGGCAUGGAAACCUCCAAGGAUCAUAAAAGUUCACCAAAUGGUUGAUUGUGAAAAUAUGAGAAAAGAAAUAAGGAUGAGACUUGUUUGAGAUUGGAGUGGCCAUGCCAAAUCUAUCUUCAUGAGUCCAUUCAUCAUCAUCAUUAUCUUCAUUUUCUUUAAUUUGGUUGGAUAUUCAAGCUACUUGCUAUAAUGUUCAACCAAAACUUAUCUAUAAAAUGAUAAUAAAUUGAGUGAUAUUACUAAUACAUAUAACUAGAAAUGUUGGAUUUCAUAUAUGGAAAAGAAAAGGGUUUACUUAAGGGUUAUAUAUAAUCAAAUUAUUUAUGCACGAAUUAGAUAUUACCGGCG